AUGCCAGAGGCCAAGACCGCCUGCCUGGAAGUCGCGCAAUGGAAGAAGAAGCAGCAGCCGCAGCAGCCGGCGCGCCGCACGGCCAGCCAGAUCUGCCCGCCCCCGCGGCGGCCCCUGACCGUGGCCGACAUUCGGCCCGGCAUGGAGAACGAGAGGCUGGGGGUCGUCAGGGAUUCCAUGUUUCAGAAUCCGCUCAUCGUCAAGGCUGAACUUGGCAAGCCCCGGGAAAGAAGCUGUAGUCUGCCUGGAAUUAGCUUUAAUUAUGGACUGUACAUCCGGGGAACGGAUGGAGGGGUCCCCGCAGCCCUUGGACACUGGAAUGUGUUCAAGCAGCAGCCCACCUGCCCCCAUGAGCUGACCCGGAAUUACAUUGCGAUGAACCGGGGGGCCGUGAAAGCUGGCCUGACAACGGCCCGAGAGAAUUUCCUCUACCGCCGGCUCAAUGACAUCCGCAUCAGCGACCAGGAAGACCGGCACACGAAGAAGGAGCGGCCCUCUCUACCACCAAACAUGACUUUUGGGAUCCCAGCACGGCCUUCGACACCCUUCUUUGAUCUGCUGCAGCACCGGUACCAGCAACUGUGGGUGCAGGAACAAAAGGCUGCCCAGAAGGCCAUUAAAAUGGAGAAAAAGCACAAGGUGAUCCUCGGGAAACUGUACGAGACCAGGAGCUGUCAGCUGAGAAAGUACAAGCCGCCAGUGAAGCUGGAUGCGCUCUGGCAUAUGCCUCACUUCCAGAAGGUCGGCCCCCAGCUUGACACGUUCCCCACUGAAGCUGAUCGCCAGAGAGCAUUCAAAGCCCACCGGGAAGAGUAUGCCGUGCGCCAAGGGGCCCUGAGGAUGGGCAACUACACCCACCCCUAGCCCCUCGCCUUCCAUAAGAAGCCUUCUUGAUGCAGUAGGAAAUUCCCUGCAGGACUCACCUUUCUUACCCCAAGUCACAUAGGAUACCACCCCCCAUUUUUGGGGGGUUCUGCUUCUGCAAGGACCACAGAUUCAGGUCUUCGUUUAAUUAUUUUUGGUAGAUCCCUCUCUUUUUAGGCCAGCCAAUACUAGUCUUACCUGCGCCCUAGUGUCCUACUCUUCUAUCUAUCUGGGGACCACCCUCCUCAUCCUGCAUCUCUUCUCACACCCU